AUGAAGAUUAAUUUAACUAAAUGGGUCGUUCGCUUAAGAAGAAAAGAUGGUAUUGCUGAAGAUGAUAAGAUUAUGCGAGAUGUUGAUUGGAAUGACAAAUCUAACAGUUCUGCUCGCAGAUCUAAUGACUCAAGCUGGCUUAAUUGCCCUGUCAUUCUAGAAGGUCCUUAUAUUUCUGGUAAAGAUGAGGAUGGUUCUGAUAUUCCUCUUCCUGAAAAGUUUUCUUCUUACCAACCUUGGAAGUUUGUACUUUCCGAAGCCGAGACAAAGAAAAUGGAUGCUAAGAGGGCCAAUACUUCACACAAUGCAUCAGCUUCGCAGAAUAAUAAAGUGAAAUCUUCAUCAAAAACCACAUCUACAAUAGAUGAACUCUCUAGGAAGCGUAAAAGAUAUGAUUCUUCUUCAAGUUUGGAGUCUAGUGAGGAUGAUAUCCUUUCUUCUGAUGAUUCAGUUCCUUCUUCUUUGAGAGAAUUGUCUAAUCUUUUUGCUGGAGAUCUUUUGACUGCUGUUGAUAAUGAAGAAUUAAAUAUUUCCUUUAGAAUGGUCUCUAAAAUAUGCGAUGCUCCUACUUUAGAUGAUCCAUCUCUUCGUGGAGCUGCCUCUGCGAUGAAUCCAAACCUCCAAUUCACAAUCGGCUCUUUGGGAGCCCGUUUAUCUUAUGUAAUCUCCUCGGACUACCACAGGAAACUUAUUAAGCUUGAGAAAGAAAAUGCUAAGCUUAAAGCUGAAAAUUCGACCAAUUCUGAUUUGAUUCGCAGAGCCCGAGAAAGAAAUGAUGAACUCAUUGACAAAGAGAAGGAUCAUCUUCAGAAGAUUGAAGAAUUAGAAAAAGAUUUAUCUGCUCGCAACUCUAAGUAUCAGCAAUUGAAGAAGAACUUCAUCAUCAUGGUUUCAAAAAAUAGUAAUGAUGCUAAUCGUGCUCGCGAAGCUGCUGUUAAGAAAGUCUGAGUUGAGAAUAACAUCCCUCUUACAAAGUAUAAAUUUCCACAAAUCCCUAAUAAUGAACAUAUUUCUGAUAUUUCAGAUAGUGAAGGAGAAGAUGAAGAAUCUGAAGAAGAACUAAAUGGUUCUGAGGC